GAAGUCCUGCUGCGUUUGAAAUUGUGACGCCAUAAUUUUUUUUAUUUUUCUGGCACGAUUCAAAUGGAUGGGUGCAGUGUUUUGCGGAAAAGCGAACGUACCAUCUACCGGGAUCUAUUAUGCCACGAAAAUUCACCGUGUUGGCAAGCGUUGUUGCUGCCUCAGCUAUCAUCUACGAACUCAACCAGGAUGCUGACCGUCGCGCCGCCAUGUAUCGCAAUGUCAUGGAGACCAACGAAGCUGCUCAAGCUUCACAACGGUCCUUGCUCGAAUCUGCCGAAACUUACGUCGAUAAGCGUUUAAUUCCGUCAGUGAAAGAAAGCUGGAACGACCACAUUUCAAGGGCAACCCACGCUAUCAUAUAUUCUGAAUUGCCUGACAAGGCAGUCGCUUUUUGGAAGAAGCACGUUUUGGGCCAUCCUGAAAACUAAGCUUUCAGACACACCUCCGUACCGAUGGAAACCACGGCUACCCGUACUAUUGACACUGUAUCAUUUUUUUUUUCAGAUGAAAACACUAUAUUUAUUUAUAGAUCCAUGCACGUUCAUUAAAAAAGUAUCUAAUCACCAAUUACCCUCAAUAUAUCUAUGUCUUUGCAAAAGGAAAAAAGUGAAAAAGUGAAAGUGGCUACUUUAGUAGUGCACGAAGAAUAAUGAAAAAACUGUAUCAAACGGUAUGAAU